GCAAUGAUCUUUCCUUGCUUGAAAGAGGGAUUUGCACGGGUCCGUGCAGCUCCCCUGCGCCGCUGCGCUUGUCUCUGCUGCCUUGCCCUCGAUGACGAUGAUAGUCCGUGACUAUCUCUCAGCUCACGCUUGAGCUGAGCCGCCUUCCAGCUCACGCUUGAGCUGCGUCCCCGCUCGCACUCGAGCCGCUUUCGCCCGACGCUUCGGGAUCAGUGCCACGCACGCCCCAAUCCAAAACGCUCCUCGGGUCUGUUCGGCAGACUACGGAUGACGGGGGCGCGCCGCCGCGCCCCCCGUCGUAGCGAGCAUCGCACGCUUUCGAAUGCGUUCGGGUUCUCGCUGAACCCUUGGCCUUGCUGCACCCUCGCUAUCGUGAGGCUUGGUCGCCCUUGCGACGCUUCCCAGGGCUCGUGAGGCGAGCACCUCGCUAGGUGUAUCGUCUCUUGAUUUUAUUGUCGUCUGGCCUUCGCGCCGCCCCUUGGAUAGUCCGCGACUGUCUGCUCGCGCGUGAGUCGCUUUCGCCCGAUGCUUCGGCGUUAGUGGUUCAACACAGCAUUAUGGACGCGCGCGACCCUCGGCAUGUGCUGCAUUUUUUGUAGUCGCCCCUCAAGGCAUUUAGUGUACUGUACGGUUCUCAUUCGGCAGACUUUCCUCUCUGUAUAUGACGCCUAUUCUGAAUUCGAUGGCGCUUCUGGUUGCACUAUCACUAUGACAUCUCUCUGUCUCCCGUUCCUAGUCUCGAAAUUCGAUUGAAAUUGUGUAGAUGCUUUUCAAAUGACAUAUGGCCCGUCUGAAGUC